AAUAACCGACCCCAUGUGUGUCCCAUUUGCCAUGUGCGAUUCAGCCGGUCCUACAACUUGCGCACACAUCAGCUCACGCACGACAAAAACCGGCUCAAGCCAUUCAGCUGCAACGUGUGCGAGAAAGGGUUUGCGCGCAAGCACGAUCGAGACCGACAUGUUUCUGCUGUCCAUACUGGCGAAAAGUCGUUCGAAUGCACUGUAUGCGGCGCAGCCUUUGCACGCAAAACAUACUUGAUGUCCCAC